AGUGGGCGGUCUUUACAUAUGAUGUAUAGUAUUGAAAGCAUGGGUUAAGACAAAUAAAGAUGAGAUCCAAGACAAUCAUCGGUUGACAUAUUUGGUUGACCACCAAAAAAAUGUUGUGACCGCCGAUGACAUGUCCAACAACAAAAUCAAUGGCAAAAAUUGUUUCGCCGAUGAAGAAGAACACCAAUAGUUCCAAAGACAUGGCUGUCGUCGUCGACAACAACGAUCUGAGUGUUCAAAUUGAAGAUCAGUUCUUCACCGGUCAUUCACCGUCGCUCAAGAAGACCGUAGACUUUUUGUCGGACAGAAUUGCAUCGAAAUGUAUUCGCCGCGUGAAGACUGAAGUGUUUGUUAAAUGCAAACAGUGUUACAUUGAAUCGACAGACCCUUUGACCGUCGAUGACCUGGACUUUACUGUCAUAACUAAUUGCAUUCAUCAACAGUGUAAUAGUUUUGUUGACGAUUACUGUGCGCAACAAAUUACCAAAAUUUUACCACUUCUUCUCAAUGAAGACAUUGAUCCGACUGUCUACGAGUUUGCCACUAGUAUUACCACUAAGUAUGCAGAGAAAACGUGUGUCGAUUGGAUCCAAACGAAUAUUACGACUACUCUUGUGGAAAGUAAUCUAAAGAAUGGAUUGAAGAAAAAAUUAAACAAAUCAUCGAAUGUGACGCCAGAUGUUGAAGAGCCACAAGACGUGUCAACUGUUGUCGAUAUUUGUCCCGUGUUUAACACAGUUCGUGAUUUGAUGGCCGACCUAUACAAGUGUCCUGAAUUAGUCCAAAUUGAGACAAUAAAUAUAUGCGAUUUGGUCAGUGAUUUGUCACAAUUGAGACGGAAAUCUAGAGAACUGCCAAAACGUACACUUGAUUUCAUUGAUGUCAAUGUUAAAGAUUUUUUGAUGGCACUCAUAGCCAACAAACCCGAUCUAUUAGUUGACAGUGUUGUACAAAGAUUUGUUGAUUAUUGGCGCGAAUUCAGUAUAAUUGUCGAUAAAUUUAUUUGUCCGCGAAAUUUGGUUAUACUAUCGGAGAGAUCAAUAUCAUCGUACAAAAGUUGGAACAAAUACGAGUCGAUUUUGUUGACACUUUUGGGCAAUAAUAUCACAACACCGAAGAUAGUCGAGGGCGACGUUCUUUGGACUGUCAAACAAGAGUGGAGUGAAUCAGUACUUAAACGGUUGGCCAGUUGUUUACGAUUGGUAGCCGACCAGCACAUAAUGAAGCGGAGAUCAUCACAUAAUGACCCGACGAUUGAAUAUUCGGACGAAGAGUCGGAGUCAAAUGAAAUCAUUGACUGGCUUUCAUGGUUUUGUGGCCAAAGUGAUGACCAAUUUUAA